AUCACAUUCGGUUGUACCUGGGACCAUACCGUUUCCGUUUCGUUCACCGAAAAAUGCUUCGUCGUUUCGCCGCAGUCUUCCGCAGUCAGUGGUUCCGAUGCGCGAUGGCUGCUCUGGCACUCAACUAUGCGGCCGAAUUCGUAGCCCGCAACGAACCGUACUGGGAAACGGACGUGGCCUACCUACACUGGUCAACCGACGUGCCUGCCGUCACCGUGUGCCCCGCAGCUUCCGGUCAUCCGGAAAAUUAUUUUCGACCACCAACACAAAGUAACCCAAUGUUCAAUGAGAUUGACGAUACCUUAAGUAUAAAUAUAAUAAAACGGACGAGCGAGUUUAAAAAAAAGGAUAGUUUCGUAAUGUGUAAAAAUAUGUUUAAACACUGCUCAUGGAAUGGAAAACCAUUCAACUGCUGCAGACAUUUUCAACCACACCGAUUCAUCAUUCAAAACCCUUGUUUUUGCAUCAAUUCUCUACAAACAGUUAACAAGAAAAAGAAAUUAGUAGUGAGCCAUUUUUCGAGAAAUGGAGAGUUAAAAAUGGAAUUCAACGAGCCAGUUGAGAUUUCGCUGCACAGUUUGGCAGACGUACAAUUUGGGGAAUUACAGAAACAAUACGUUACGAUAAACACGGGUGAAGAAAUGGAACUGUUGUAUACGACCCGUCAAAUUGUCGAGGACGUUUCAUUGGUAGCUUUGGACUUGACCAAACGUGGAUGUUUGUUACAAGACGAGAAAAAGUUGUUUCAUCAUCCCGUUUACAGUAAAUCCGCCUGUUUACUAGAGUGUGCUUUGCGCCAACCCGAAAUAUACGCUAAAAAUUAUACAUUGUGCGAUUGUCCUCCCACCUGCGCAGAAAUGGAAAUAAAUGCCGUAUGGAAUGGAACCCAAAGAUCAGUCGAUAAUGUUACACGGUGCAUUCUCACAAUGACAAAACCAGCAACGGAGCGAUUGGUAAUGAAAGCCAAAAAGGAUUACAUUGAUAUAAUAGUUGUCGUUGCCUGCAUGUUACAAUUGUUCACAGGAAUGAAUCUGAUGGACAUUCCAAAAUUUAUAGUGAAGAAAACUAAACUAUAAAGGUUGAUACUAUAUCAGAUCUACUAUUUUAUAGUAAUUAAGUUUAAUAUAAAAUCAUCAUUAGGUACAUUUUUAUUUGUUAUUUAUAAUCCAACUGUCAAUAACUUAUUUCUAAGCAAUUUAUUAUUGAUUUCAUAUAAAUAAGUUUAUAUCGACUCGUAGCUUUGAGUUAGUAAAAAUUGUAAAACUUUUA